AUGGAUGUAGUAAAAAGUUUGCUUCUGUUGAUUUUAUUUGUUGGACAGUCAACUUUUUCAGAAAGUAACUUCCAAAUCUCCAUAAAAUUAUCUACUAUUUUAUUGACAAAUCAAUGCAUGAAGCAUAUGAGCUUUUUGGGCCUUGGUCAAAAUGCUGACAUUAAAGUGAACUUACAAGAUGGGGAACAUAGAAAAAAGGAAGAACUUAGGAGUGAAGAUGGGCAAGUCCACUCACUCCCAGUUUACUAUGAUGGGGAAAACGUUUGUGGAUCUGUAACUGUUACUUUGAAAAGAGGUGGAAAACUUGAGCAUCAAGGAAUAAAAAUUGAAUUUAUUGGCCAAAUCGAAUUAUAUACAGACCGUGGGAAUCGCGAAGAGUUUAUUUCUCUCUGUCAAGAUUUAGCCCGUCCCGGAAUACUUUCUCAUUCAAAAAGUUAUCCAUUCGAGUUCUUACGUGUUGAAAAACCCUACGAAUCAUACUGUGGUACAAAUGUCCGUUUGAGGUAUUUUUUACGAGUUACUAUUCAUAAAAGAAUCGCUGAUGUCACAAAGGAAUUUGAACUCAUAGUACAUUCUACAAUGAGAUGUUCAGAAUCGAGUGAUAAUAUACAAAUGGAAGUUGGGAUAGAAGAUAGUUUACACAUUGAAUUCGAGUACAAUAAGUCAGAAUAUCAUUUACAAGAUGUUAUUAUUGGGAAAAUAUACUUCCUACUGGUUAGAGUCAAAAUAAAAAAUAUGGAGAUACAGAUAUUAAAGCGUGAGACAAUUGGUGCAGGACCUACUCCUUUUACGACAACUGAGACUGUUGGGAAAUAUGAGAUAAUGGAUGGUGCGCCAGUACGUGGCGAGUCAAUCCCUAUCAGAUUGUUUUUGCAUGUUUAUGGCUUGAGUCCAACUAUGCGUGAUGUUUAUCGCAAAUUUUCCGUGCGCUAUUUCCUAAACUUAGUGCUGUUAGACGAAGAGGAUAGACGAUAUUACAAGCAACAAGAAAUUAUACUGUACAGAAAAUCUGAUCGUCGACUUAAGGCUUAUGUGCAACAGAUUUCCGACAAAGGACUUGAAACUAACGAAAAUGGGACCAGUGAGAAAAAUGAGGCCUAUACUGAUAAACUGGAUGAACAAGCAAACCUCCAAACCCCCGCAAAGGAUCCAGAAUCAGACAGUGCAGGUUCCGACGUGGCGAUUAAUGAACAUGAAGAUACUAACGCAGAUAGUUCAAAGUUAUUCACUAAUUCCAGUUCUACUGGCAACGAAUGUGCGAUAAAUAAACUUACUGAUGGUGAAGAGGAUAGUGAUAGUUGCGAUUCUUUUUCACCUCAUACACGUGCAGCCAGGAGUAUGCACCGUUAUGAACCCAAACAGGUUCACAAGCAUACAGAGUCAUCAACCGUUUGUGUCCUUCCAAAUGAAUCACCUGUGUUUGUUUCCAGUGUAUCAAGUACGCCGAGUUCAAAAUAA